GGGAUCACCCGGAUCACCACGUGAUGUAGACGAAAAACGUCACUGUUCCAUAGCUCUAGAAGUAGCCCUAAACAGCUCAUUCCUUGCAGUUGCCUGGAUCCCCUGGCAAGUGAGUCAGACCAUACAUCCAAUAUGACGCAACCUGUAGCCACUUUCAAGCUUGUCUUGGUGGGAGAUGGAGGAACAGGAAAGACCACUUUUGUCAAGAGACAUUUAACAGGAGAAUUUGAAAAGAAAUAUGUUGCAACUCUUGGAGUGGAGGUGCAUCCCCUUCUCUUCCACACAAACCGGGGACCUAUUUUAUACAAUGUGUGGGACACAGCUGGCCAGGAGAAGUUUGGUGGACUAAGAGAUGGUUACUACAUCCAAGCUCAGUGUGCCAUCAUCAUGUUUGACGUAACAUCCCGGGUCACGUACAAGAACGUACCCAACUGGCAUAGGGAUCUGGUGCGUGUUUGUGAGAAUGUCCCCAUCGUGCUUUGUGGCAACAAGGUAGACAUCAAAGACAGAAAGGUGAAAGCCAAAGCCAUCGUUUUCCACCGCAAGAAAAACCUGCAGUACUAUGACAUCUCUGCCAAAAGUAAUUACAAUUUUGAGAAGCCUUUCCUCUGGUUGGCAAAGAAGCUCACCGGUGAAGCCAACUUGGAAUUUGCAGAAAUGCCUGCUCUCGCACCCCCAGACAUCGCCAUGGACCCCAAUCUGGCCUCACAGUAUGAGCAGGAACUUAAAGUUGCAGCAGAAACUGCCCUACCAGAUGAGGAUGAUGACUUAUAGCCUGUGAACCCUUAUGACCACUGUCAAAUAUGCCAUCACCAACUGAAUAUUUGUCUUAAGCUAUUACCAACACAGUUUACAAAGUAUUUUUGUAUUUUCUUUGAAAAUGUGCUUUUAAUGCCCAUCAUGCCGCGUGGAGUGUAAAGGCAGAACCGCUAGCAUCACAAAGCAAUAUUCACAAAUUAAGAAUUAUGUACUCUGUUGGAUUUUGCCGACAUAAUAACUGAUGUGUAGUAAUAAAACAUUUUGUGUAAGAAA